ACUCUCGGGCUCCCCGUCCUGCUCCCCGCAGCACUCUUUGCGCGCUUAUGCUGUCGAUGUGAGAUGCCUCUUCUACCUUCUGUUGGCGCAGCUCCCUCUUCGUCUUCGUCAAUCCGCACCUCUGCAGCCUCCGCCUCCUGCUCCUCCUGGCGCUCGAACUCGUCUGCUUCUUCCAUUACCGGCCGGGUUUGCCUCGCGCAGCGGCAGCAGCAGGAGCAGCACACGAAUGGUUUAGGUAUCGAUUAUCUUCAGAAUUUUGUUUCUUUCUCACGGCAUUUGCUCGCUCCGGCUCCGGCUAUUCUGUGCAGUACUGAGCAAAUCUGGGGCGGUCUAUAGGAGGCUCCACUCUGCGCAUGUCGCGAGUUAAUGCCGAAAAUCUUUCUGCCCUGGUUUUAGUGUUGCAUGCUCUUCGUUGUUGGCUCCCUUCGUUAACGUGCGAGGCGCGUUACGCGGAUCUCGAGUGCUCCCAUUUGAGACGGAGGCAGGCAGCGAGCGUUCGAGGAGAGUGAUAGAGAGGAAGUGAUCAAGAAAGGGGCCGCUCAUUUUGUUUUGUUUCUCUUCCGUUAGAACCCGUCUUCCAGACUUCUCCCCCCGGUGGUGUGGGCGCAUGGUUUUGCUCGCGAACCUGGUUCAAGCUUAUGUUACGAAAGGGGAGCGCAGAAGACUUCAUUUUUUGUUCGAUAACUAGUACGUCGAUGCAUCUUAGCCACUGGAGGCGGACAGCUUCUUAGGAUUUGGGAUCAGUGAAUUACCGUCAUCUUUGAAGUAGGCCAUCGGGUGUUCUUCUCAGCUGCUGGGAGGCUCCUCACUCCUUCGAACAUUGUAGAUCAGAGUGAUAGGGGCCUGUGAAAUCAAUCACGGAGGACCGAGUGUUACCAGCGACUAAGUCAGGUUCUCUGCUUCAGCCUGUGUAGAGCAGGUCCAAGAGUGCAUUUUGGUGGUGGGGCAGGUUGUGGAUCAAAUAUGCAAAAGCAACAAAAUACCGUUGCAUCUUCUGAUGGGCCCUAGUUCAGGCAGAACGCUUGGGCGGCAGCUAGAAAUGUCAUAGUAGUCACAUGACACAGGAAGAGACGUCUAGAGAAGGCUGCAAAGAGCGAGGUUGAUACGAGGUUUCGUAACGUUAAGUAGAGUUGUUGGGAAGUUUGCAGUUCGCUUGCCUGUCAGAGUGAAAGGUUAGAACAGGCGCUGAUAGCUACGAGCAAAGGGCACAGUAUUCGAGAUCAAACUUGUCAGGAACAGAUAGUAACGUCAUCAAACCCGGCUGGGAAGCAGUAAACAGUUCUGUGAGGGGAUGGACGGCCUCGGGGACGGAUACGAGGCAUUUGUAGAGCGAUUACAAUCGGAUUUUGCAGCUACAAGUGCCGCUAAGAACUCAGGUCAAAACGGGAACACGACCACUCACAGCAGCCACCCUCCUCAUCCCUCUCAGUCACAACUUCACCAGUCACGAUAUGUGGGCUACCCGUCACCAACACAUGCAUUCACGGUCAAGAGGGAGGCGUCACCCUCCGUAUCAGAGUCAUCCAUGAGAACGGCUAACUCCCUUUCUAUAGAGGUCUCCAUGCAAGAUCAGGUGACCUCGCCUGGACCUCCUAGCGUAACAGGUCCGUCUAGCUCUAGAAAUCCCAGCCCAGCCAACAAUUACAGCACUGAUGUCAACCAGAUGCCAGAUACGCCCCCUCGUCGCAGGGGUCACAGGCGUGCCCAGUCGGAGAUUGCUUUUCGACUCCCUGACGAUGUAUCCUUCGAACGUGAUCUUGGUAUGCAUGGCUCUGAGAUGCCCGCUCUUUCCGAUGAUGCGGCCGAAGAUCUCUUUUCCAUGUACAUUGACAUGGAGAAAAUAAACUCCUUCAGCGCUACAUCAGCCCCCUUGCCUGGUCCGAAGAGUACUGCAGCAGACAGCGGGUCUACACCUCCUCCCACUCACCACUCUAGAAGCUUGUCUGUAGAUGGAGUGCUAUCUGGAUUUAACAGUGGUCGAGGUAGCAUGGGCCUUUCUGGGGGAAGUGCUGGCUUUCCAUCAGAUGGACGCAGGUCUCGUCAUCAGCAUAGCAGUUCUAUGGAUGGCUCGACUUCCUUCAAGCAUGAUCUCUUGGCUGCAGAGCUUGAUGGUGCAGAUGCAAAGAAGGUCAUGAAUUCCGCAAAGCUGGCCGAUAUCGCACUUAUUGAUCCAAAGCGUGCCAAGAGAAUUCUAGCCAAUAGACAAUCUGCCGCACGAUCGAAGGAACGGAAAAUGAGGUACAUCUCAGAGCUUGAGCGGAAAGUGCAAACCUUGCAAACGGAGGCAACAACUCUCUCCGCGCAGCUUACCAUGCUUCAGAGGGAUACUACAGGUCUCACCACCGAAAACAGUGAACUUAAGCUGCGUUUGCAGGCCAUGGAGCAACAAGCCCAACUUCGUGAUGCACUCAAUGAAGCAUUGCGAGAUGAAGUACAACGACUAAAGGUAGCCACAGGACAGAUGAAUGGAUUGACUGGGCACGUUUACGGACUUGGGCAAGGGCCCCUUACAGCCCAGCAGUUGCAGCAACUCCAGCAGCAGUCCUCUCAGCAACAAGCUCACAAUGACUUUCUCCAAAGAGGUACAUUCGGAGGGCUUCAAACAAUGAGCGGUCAAAUAGGUGGUUCUUUUAUCAAAUCAGAAGGAUCCACAAUCUCUGUAAAUCAAGGGAGCAGUGCUUCUUUUUGAUGCAUUUUAUAGAGUUGGCAGGGAGUUCAGAGCAAAGGGAGUGUGACUGAAUUAAGGCUAUGUCUGACUCUAUACUUAUUCUUGAACCAUGCAAUCUCCGGCAUAGUGCAUCUAAGUUAGGCCGCACGACCAUGAGAUUGCAGUCCUUGGUAUGUGGCCUAGUUUAGAUGAUGGGCUUAUGCGCAAAUUCUCCUGCGGUUCUGUGAAUAAUUGGAUCCACCUUACUCGCCCUGAGUGGGGGUGCUCACUUGAAGAGCAGUGCUGGUAUCUGCUCGGGUGACUUAACACUUUUACCAAUUGCCACGAAGUUGUCCACUCAGUUGCCUGCUUGUCAAAGAGGGCAGAUCUUUUGCAAUCUAAUUUUUUUGGUUCUAUCACCAAGAUGAUGUGGAAGAAUCAUCAAUUUCUGUUGAUUGGUGCUAUCGUAGGUAGUGGUAGGAUGUAUUGUAAUAACGUUGCCCUCAAAUUCAUACUAUAUAAAUUGUAUUUGCGAACAAUAGGUUGUUUAGCAUCCCGAUAGAAGGGCAGUCUGGAUCUCGCAGUGUACGCUGCUUUUUGUCACUAUCCAGACCCUGGAAAUUCGAAGCCGGUUCUGCUCUGCCGAUGAGCUUAGCGCUACAGUCCCCACAAUUACACAAUUAUUUAGUGGAAGCUUGAGGUAUGUGCAAACAAAGCUUCAGUUUUGUACCAAAUGUGCGUACUUUGUUUCGAGGAUUUGGUUAGAGGGGCAAUCGGGUUUUCCUUGUAUGAUAUUUUAAUACUGAACUUAG